GGACUCUCGCUGGGCUUCGCAGAGGGUGGGAGUGAGAGAGCCACUGCCCUUCGGUCCGAACAGCCCUUCUGCUCUCCACACUGUCCGUAGGAGUUGUGUUCACAGUGGCGAACGGUGACACGGUGGAACCGCGUUCACCUCUGUGGCCUGUUCUUGGUUGGCACAGCAUUAGGGACAAGGAAGAUGUUAGCUUAAGCCACGGCGCUUUUGAAAAGCUGGUGGGAGGUGUGGGCCCUCCAUCACGGUAACACCACUCCAGCCCCUUCAACCUCCACAAACACUCCCACAGGACGUCUGUAUUACUAGCUUCAGACAUUUCCAAGGUGUCCCCAGCAUGCGCGUCAUUGGAUCUCGGCGUCACCACAUAGUAGGCUUUCAGAUAUUUGUAAUUGUUUAGAUAGUGGAAGUUGAGUUAAUCUUUAAUAAAUUCACUGCCCACUUGUCUACAUGGCGGAAAGUAGAUACCUCACCCAUACAUUAAAAGUUUUGAUCAUUAGUCCAGAAUUGUGUUGUUCUCGUUAAAAUCUUCUGUCUUUGGGAAAGAGAGAUAUAUUUAGUUUCCAGUUCGAAACUAGGCAGGAGUAACUUGCUUCCUGGACCCGCGAGUGUGGGAAGCAAGAAUUUUUAACUCUGAACCACUACAGCCUCACAUCCUGAAGUGCUAAGCUGAAAGAGCAACAGAGGAGCUUCUCUAUUCAUGUUAGCAAAUAGACUGUUGGUCCUUUUAGAAACAUCUCCAUCAUGUCUUGUGACACUCAAGAAGCUACCAGAGAGUGCCUGGGUAUGAACCUUGAUGGCAACAAAGAGCCUGUGUCGCUGGUAGAAAGCGGCGUCAGAAGUGAGUCGGAGCAUCUCCAAGUCACUAUUGGAGCCACUGUACCCACUGGCUUUGAACAAACGGCUGCGGGGGAAGUGAGAGAGAAACUGAAGUCGGCCUGCAGAAUCAGCAAAGACCGCGGAAAGAUCUAUUUUGAUAUUGCAGUGGAAAGUCUGGCUCAGGUUCAUUGUCUGAGAUCAGUUGAUAACUUGUUUGUGGUUGUUCAGGAGUUUAAAGAUUACCAGUUCAAAGAUACGAAGGAAGAAGUUCUAAGAGACUUUGAAGAACUGGCUGGAAAACUCCCAUGGUCAGACCCUUUAAAAGUCUGGCAAAUUAACACCACUUUCAAGAAGAAGAAAGCAAAGCGCAGAAAGGCAAAUCAGAGUGCAGGUAAAGAGAAGGCUGACUGUGGACAAGGAGACAAAGCAGAUGAGAAAGAUGGUAAGAAAAAGCAUGCCAGCAGCACUUCAGAUUCACAUAUCUUGGACUAUUAUGAAAAUCCAGCCAUCAAAGAAGAGAUAUCAACCUUAGUAGGUGAUGUCUUGUCGUCUUGCAAAGAUGAAACUGGUCAAAGCUUAAGAGAAGAAACUGAACCACAGGUACAGAAGUUUAGAGUCACCUGCAACAGAGCAGGAGAGAAACAUUGCUUUACCUCCAAUGAGGCUGCGAGAGAUUUUGGGGGUGCUAUUCAAGAGUACUUUAAGUGGAAGGCUGAUAUGACCAACUUUGAUGUAGAGGUUCUCCUGAACAUCCAUGAUAAUGAAGUCAUUGUUGCUAUUGCACUGACAGAAGAGAGUCUCCAUCGCAGAAAUAUUACACAUUUUGGACCUACAACUCUUAGGUCAACUCUUGCCUAUGGGAUGCUCAGGCUCUGUGAACCUAAGCCUACUGAUGUAAUAGUGGACCCAAUGUGUGGAACAGGGGCAAUACCAAUAGAGGGGGCUACUGAGUGGUCUCACUGUUACCAUAUUGCUGGGGACAAUAACCCACUGGCAGUGAACAGAGCAGCAAAUAACAUCUCAUCUCUAUUGACUAAGAGCCAGAUUAAAGAUGGAAAAACAACCUGGGGUUUGCCCAUUGAUGCUGUUCAGUGGGAUAUCUGCAACCUCCCACUGAGAACUGCUUCUGUGGAUAUUAUUGUAACAGAUAUGCCAUUUGGAAAAAGGAUGGGAUCCAAGAAGAGAAAUUGGAAUCUCUAUCCAGCUUGCCUUCGGGAAAUGAGCCGUGUCUGUAGACCAGGGACAGGCAGAGCUGUACUGCUUACUCAGGACAAGAAAUGUUUUACCAAGGCCUUAUCUGGAAUGGGACAUGUGUGGCGAAAGGUCCAUGUAGUCUGGGUGAACAUCGGGGGCCUUCAUGCUGCAGUUUAUCUUCUAAAGCGCACUGCUCAAGCCUUUGUUCAUCCUUCAGAUCAAGAUGAAGGAAGAGACCCUCCUUGGUAAAGAAAAGAGUGAAGACAACUUAUUAAUAUUUGUAGUUCCUAACACUGGAAAUAUCAGCAUAAAGAACUUGCUUUGGGAGAAAAAUAGCAGAAAAGUAACUUACAGUACAGGUUACACUGCUUGACCACUCCAGAAUGCUUGAUUUCUAGCAAGGUGAUUGUAAUGGUAUUUCUUAAGAAGCCUACACUGCUUGGCUUCUAAGUGUCAGAACACUUUAGGCCAUAUUCUAUUGCUUGUGCAACCUACUGUUUUAUGGUCUAAAUUCUUUGUAUCAUCUCAGAAGCAGAAGCAUCCCUUAAGAUCUACAGUUUUAUCAUCUGCCUUAAAAUAAAUAUACAACCUAAACAGAGCAAAGAUGCUUGUGUGACUAUUAUAAUAUUACUAAGUAGUAGAAACACCAGUAGAUGUAUGGAACCAACAAGCCUAAUUAAAGAAAUUUCUCUUUUA